CAGAAUCGUUUCUGAGCGAGCUGAUCAAUUGAAAGAGUGUGGCUCAAUCGUCAAUUUGGCGGGUUGUUACACGCAAUUCGGCUGUUCUUGUUUUGUUGAGUCUUGAGAGUCUCUGUGAAUUGAGUGCCAAAAACAGACACACGAUAAAUGGCCAAUAUGCAAAUGAGUCGAGAUUUCGCGUGGGUGACUCUCGCCACCAAUGACUCGUACAGUUUGGGGGCGCUUGUGGUGGCGGCGUCACUCCGGAGGGCGGCCACGGCCCAUAAAAUCGCCGUGCUGAUCACGCCCGGCGUCUCGGCGGCCAUGCGAGCGAAGCUGAGCACAGUAUUUGAUGUGGUGAAGGAAGUAAACGUGCUGGACAGCAGAGACUCGGCCAAUCUCGCCCUCCUGGCCAGACCAGAACUCGGUGUCACCUUCACGAAGCUCCACUGCUGGAACCUCACGCAGUUCGACAAGUGCGUCUUCCUCGAUGCGGACACUUUGGUGCUGCAAAACUGUGAUGAAUUGUUCGAGAGGGAGGAAUUGUCCGCAGCUCCGGAUGUUGGAUGGCCCGAUUGCUUCAACUCCGGCGUGUUUGUCUUCCGGCCUAGCCAGGAUACCUUUGGGAAGCUGCUGGAUUUCGCCGUGAAGGCGGGCAGUUUCGAUGGAGGUGAUCAGGGCCUCUUGAAUUUGUACUUCGCAGACUGGGCGCACGGCGACAUGGGAAGACAUCUUCCAUUCUUGUACAACACUUGCUCAACGGCCACGUACUCCUAUUUGCCGGCAUUCAAGCAAUUCGGCCGGGAUGUUAAGAUUCUCCACUUCAUCGGCACGUCCAAGCCUUGGCUGCAAAACUUCGAUCCGCAGAGCAGAACUGUUCGGGCGCCGGACAAUUACUCUCACCUGGCCAGUCAUCUGCAGACCUGGUGGUCCAUCUUCUUCGAUCAAAUCCACCCACAACUGUCCAGAGACAUGAAUCAACAGAAAGAAGCGACUGCAUGGUACGAAGAACCACGCCAAGAUCCUCCUUUCCUUACCAAUUCCCAUGAUUCCCCCUCAAAUCAAACAGAACAGCCUUCAGAUGAGAUCACAAGGCAAGAGGAGAACCGCAAAAUUGAGUUCUUCGAUCCCUGGGAGGAUUACGACAAUAAUCAAGAGAUGCAAGAAGAGAUUUCUGAAGUGAAAGUAGAAGAAAAGGUGGAAGAUCCAAGUGUACUCAUAGAAGAAUUCCUGGAUAAUCAGGAAGAUGAUCAAUUACAAGAUCUUUUAGAGGAUGAUCACUUUGAAUUCCAAGAUUCUGGAGAUAUUCCAGAUAAUUCCCACGCAGAAGAGAUGAAGGAAAUCGAUACAGGACCUCAGAUGGAAAAUCUUGAGAAACCACCGCCUUGUGCGACAGUUUGUCCGACAGUUUAUCCAACUGAAGAAACGGAAGAAACUCCCAAACCCAUAAAUUCCAACUGCCCACCCCCAAGCCCACCUUCUGGCCAAUUAACUGUGGAAAAGAGUCCCCAAGAGAGAGCCAAGUCUCCAGAAAAACAGGUGAUCAGUAUUUCAGGGGCUAAUGAGGUGAAGAGCAUUAUGGAUGAGACUGGAAUUGCUGGAGCUCUGGCCAGUGUGACUCUAGGAGAGCAGAGAAGCCCAGAACAAGAGGCUCUUGAGUCCCAGAUGAGACGACAAUGCUGGGAGGCGGGCAAUAUUGACUACAUGGGCAGAGAUUCCUUCGAGAACAUCCUGAAGCGCAUUAGUGAAACAAUGGGUGAAGCUCAGGAGACAACAACUGAGGCAAAAACCGAGGAAGCGGAGGUCAAGGAAACUGUCGUUGCGGUGACGGAGGAGAAAUUAGCUCCGGGAGAGAUUGUCCGGAGCAGGGAGGAUGGCGCCGAGGAGAGGAUUAUCACGAGCGUGGGGCCAGACGGAAAGAUCACCCAAAAGGUCAUCACUAUCUUCCCGAAACAUGAGGUGGAGGAAGAAGUCGUGACUGAAGAGAUCACUGAGGGAGAGAAUGUGACUGUAACAACAACUACCACGGUCACAACGAAUGUCACUCAAUCUGAGAUUGUGGGAGUUCCCAAAGUUGCGGCUCCAACAGUCACAACAGCCACUUCGACUAAUCCAACUCCAGCCUUGGAACUCACCAAGAAACCCGAGGCAGGAAAGGAGCUCGUUGAGUUUGACGAGAAAACCAAUACAACCACAGUAACUAGAAGAAUUGAAAACGGCUACGAACAAGUUGUUACAACAGUGAUGGAAGAUGGAACCAAACGCAUCCAAACCCGAACUUUCAUGGAUGCUGAGGAAGAAGUUGAUGAGAGUGAAGAAGUUGUCGAAGAUGAAUCGAGAACUAUCAAGAAGGAAACCAACAUCACUAAAGAAACCAGGAAAGUCGCUUCAGAGGAACAAUCAGUCGAACAAACAACGAAGAAUGUUGAGACAACUCAGAAGAAGGAGAUUAUUGAAGAGGAGUUUGUGGUCACUGAAGCAAUGAAGAAACUGAAGACUGGAGAAGUCAUAACAAUUGUUGAUGAGAAAACUAAGACCACAACACUAAUCAAGAGAAUUGAAAAUGGCUACGAAAGAACAAUUACUAGGGUUUUUGAGGAUGGCACAUCCAAGAGUAGCACCAAAACUAUUUUCGACACUGUUCAGAUCACUAAAGAACCACAAAGUCCGACUAAGCCAACAUCAGAGACUCCAACGCAGGAAACAACUCAAGACACAGAGGAUUUUGUCGUCACUGAGGAGAUGAAGAAGUUGACAACGGGUCAGGAGAUCGUGAAGAAAAACAAGAAAACCAACACAACAACUGUUAUCAAGAGAAUUGAAAAUGGAUAUGAGAAAACUGUAACUGUAAUCUUUAAUGACGGUUCAAUGAAAUCACAAACGAAAGUAAUCUAUGAUCCAACUGAAGUCGUUGAGGAGACGAAGCAAGUUACGCCAAUAGUUCCAGCUACUCCUGGACCUCUUCCCAUAACCAAGACUACUGAAACAACAAGUGAUGCUACGAAAACUGUCGAGAAGACAGUGGAAAGCUCUAAGCAAACUACCAUCCAAGAGCAAGUCACUCAAGUUGUCGAUGAAGAAGCCUUGAAUAAACUGAAGGAAGAGAUUUCUAAGAUCGAAACUCAGGAGAUAGUCAUAACGGAGGCAAUGAAAAAAUUGAAAGUUGGAGAGGAAAUCGUUGAAGUUAUUGAAAGAAUACACGUUACAAUAAUCACGAAGAGGAUUGAAAAUGGAUAUGAGAGAGUCACAAAUUCGAUCCUGACUGAUGGAACAAAGAGGACACAUAAGAAGACCACUUUUGAUCCCGUCCCAGUCCCACCACCAGCUGCUGCUCCUCAAGUGCCUGAGACACCCAAAGCUCCAGAAGUUGCUAAACCUCAGGAACCUGUAAAACCCCAGGAAGCUCCUAAACCCCAGGAGGCUCCGAAGCCUGUACAAAAGCUUGAAGCUGUGGAUGCAAAGACCACGCAGCAGCAGACUUCAACAACAACUGUGGAAGAAACCAGCAAGAAAGUAGCGACUCAAGAGACCGUCCAGAAAGUUCAAAAUGUUCAACAGACCACCACAACCACCAAUCCUCAGCCUAAUCCUCCACCGGAGCCUAAAAUUAAGGUUGAGAAAACCGUGAAGACGUACGAAACGGAGGAAGAAUUCGUUCCAUCGGAAGCUAUGAAGAAUCUUAAAGUUGGAGAAGAACUCACUGAAGUUGAUGAAGUCACGAAAACUACAAUUGUUACGAAGAGAACAGAUGAUGGCUAUGAGCAAUUGAUCACAACGGUUUUGGGAGAUGGAACGAAGAAAACAUACAUGAAGACCUUCUAUGAUGCUGAAGAGAUUGUCGAGGAGACCGAGGAGUAUGAGGAAGAAGAGGAAACCAAGACGACCAAGAAGAAGAAGAAGCAGACUCAGAAGAAGACGACAGAACCAACUGUGUCAGAUCCUAGCAAAGUACUGGCAGUUUGUCCAACGAAGCAAGAAGUCUCUAUUGUAAAUGAUCCUAACAUUGCUAUGAAGAGGGUCGUUCGUCAUGGUGAGGAAGAGAUUCAGAUGGAAGAAGAGGAGGAGGAUGAAAACGAUCCGACGCAGAAGACCAAGAGGGCAGUUCAGGAGUCCAGAAAAGCCAAGGUGGCACUCGAGGAGUCGCAGAAAACCGAAGGAGCUACUCAGACUCUAACCACAACGGCCUCGACAGACGCUUCGGAGAAGAAGUCCGAGAUGAUCACUUCAAAUGUGGGAGGAGUUAAUGCUGAUGUUAGGACAACGUCUGAGUCUACUCAAUCCACCAAGACGACAACGUCCACUUCUGUGACGCCUGCACAGGGACCGGGUCAAGGCACCGUGACCGUGACCACAAUGCGAACGGAGAAGAGUUCACAGAGGAAGCAAAGCUCCUCGGCUAUUGCCAGUGUGGGAUCCACCACUCUGGAGGCCAUUGCAGCGCCACAGCCGCCGCCGCGCAAGAAGGAGAACAAGAAGGGUGGCAAGGGCAAGUAAGGCUUACGCACCUCGACAUCGGAACAUCGCAUCUAGUCUUCACUCUGCGUCCACCUCCAGCUAUUUGCCUUAACGUGUGACUUUUUUGCACUUUGUCUAUGUGGAGUUUUUAUUUUUCAAAUAAAACAAAAAAUUCGUGUCUUUUUCAACAAGUAAAUCAUAUAAAGCGAGAAAAUUUCUACUUCAAAAUGGCCAUAACUGCCAAAUUCUGCAAAUUCCACAUUAUCGUCGUUAUCAAAAAAAGAAAUUCUUAAGAAAAAAAAUUAUCAAAAAACCAGUGGAGUGCUUUAUUUCCUUUAUUUGUAUGUAUAUUGUUG